AUGCAGUCCCUUGACCAGCUUGAUUCAAUCCAGGUUGAUUCUAUUCUCGACGUCGUCGCCGACAUGGUGGACUCUAAGCAGCCCAAAGUUAUUCUGUUUGAUAUUGGCGGCGUGUGUGUUGUUUCUCCCUUUCAGUCAAUCCUGGACUACGAGCUGGGCCUCGGCAUUCCGCCAGGAUGGGUCAACAACUCCAUCUCUAAGACGAAGCCAAACGGAUUCUGGCACCGGCUGGAAACGGGAUCCAUCCCCAUGGACGACGCAUUCUUCAGGGGCUUCAAUCAAGAUCUGAGUGAUCCUACUAGGUGGGAGCAGUUCUACCGGGAGCAACAGGCCAAGGACCCUAGUUUGCCUAGGGAAACCCCCCCGGUACCAUCUAUCGAUGGGGAGAAGCUGUUCCACGAGAUGAUGGUCAACUCGAUUCCACCAGACCCCUGGAUGUUCCCUGCCUUGAAGAAACUUAAGGAGAGCGGGCGUUAUGUACUCGCGGCAUUGAGUAAUACGGUUAUUUUCCCGCGCGGGCACCCUCUCUGGAAAGAAGACUUCCUUGACGACCCCGUCCGUGGUUUGUUUGACGUCUUUGUUUCCUCGGCGCACGUGGGACUACGGAAGCCGGACCCCAAAGCAUACCAGCUUGCUCUCGAUACGGUUAGCCAGUUUGUCGCCAAGAAUGCUGAUACGGAGAGGGGACGAAGGUGCGGAUGGGCCGACGGCGUCACUGCGGGUGACGUCUUGUUUCUUGACGACAUCGGCGAGAACCUGAAAGGUGGAAAGCAAAAAGGCUUUAGGACGAUCAAGGUCCAUCUGGGCCGGGCUUUCGAAGCCGUCGAAGAGCUGGAGAAGAUCACGGGCCUGACACUGGAUGGUGGCCACCCCAAGAUUCCGGUCAAACCUCGAGUGAAUGGAAAGAAGGCCAAGCUUUGA